CAAAUAAGACCUCUUCAGACGCUACUGUCUUGUGUGAUUGUUGUUGACAUGCCAAACAAGGCCUAAAACCUCAAUGCACGAGCAGGAGAAGCUGGAGAUACAAAAGGCAGAAUACAUUGAGAAAAUGAAGAACAAGAUUGCAAUGCUGCACAAGGAAGCCGAGGAAAAGAGAGCCAUGAUCGAAGCCAAACGUGGAGAAGAACUUAUCAAGGCAGAGGAGUUGGCAGCCAAACACCGUGCCACCGGAACCAUUCCAACCGCAUCUCCUUCUCCUCAUCUGCAUCUCGUUCGCCAGCCCAUUUGUUUUCGUAUGAAUUUUGUUGAUACUCCUUUAUUACAUUUCUUAUCUUAUUGAUUUCUAUUAAAUUAUUGUAGAUUUG